AAAACAGCGUGACAAAUGCAGUGAACAUUAUUAUCGACAUGACUGCCAUCGGCCUCAAAUGGCGUAAUCUCGGUUGGCGUUACUAUCGUCAGAGAACUAUCGUUGAGUGAUCCCGUUGUCAAUCGCUAACAUCAUAUGUAAUAAGAGGUUAGGUUCAGCAUAUCAUAGCUUCGACGAUUUUAAAAAAUUUUCAACAUGAAAAUUGAAACAGAACAUUAGAGAAGAAAAGGAAACGAUAUUUCUUGAAGGGAAUAAAUAAAGAAAUAUCGAGAAUGUAAUUUCUUGAUUCUGCAUUGUAUGAUUAAUAAUCGUUUGCACUGUAUGAAUAAUAAUCGAGAUCAAUCGAGCUUCAUCUUCCUGGCGCCGAUGAUGUGAUUGUGUGAAAUAAGACGACGCAAGAACUCGCUGAACAUGUUCAUGACGUGAAAGAGGAUGCAAACGAUGCUGCAAGCUCGUUGGGAACGCUCUCAGAAACGAAAGAAACUCUUGGCUCAGACGCUGGGAGUUUCGAGCGUAGACGAACUACGACAGAUUCUAGGAACGGAUGUGGAAGACACGCAGAAAAAAAGAGGCAGGUUAUCCAAUGAUAAAUCUGACAAUGCGAUCAAGGAUUUGAAGGACGAUGUUGCUCCGACAGAUGAGAUUGUUUAUAAGGAUUCCUCGACAUUCUUGAAGGGAACGCAGUCGUCGAAUCCACACAAUGACUAUUGUCAACAUUUUAUCGACACUGGCCAACGGCCACAGAAUUUUAUUAGAGACGUGGGACUAGCGGAUAGAUUCGAAGAGUACCCAAAACUACGCGAAUUGAUCAAGUUAAAGGAUGAUCUAAUUGCAGAGACCGCGACUCCACCAAUGUAUCUAAAAACAGACCUGCUGUCAUAUAACCUGAAAGAACUCAAUUGUAAAUUUGAUGUCAUUCUUAUAGAGCCACCUUUGGAAGAGUAUCAGAGAACAUGCGGCGCGACUAAUGUACAGCUUUGGAACUGGGACCAAAUAAUGGAGUUGGAUAUUGGUGAGGUGGCUGCCAAUCGGAGUUUCGUAUUUUUAUGGUGUGGUAGCAGCGAUGGAUUGGACAUGGGACGAUUUUGUUUACGAAAGUGGGGUUUCCGCCGUUGCGAAGAUAUCUGUUGGAUCCGCACCAACAUCAACAAUCCAGGUCACAGCAAGAAUCUGGACAGUAAGGCCGUGCUGCAGAGAACAAAAGAACACUGCCUAAUGGGUAUUAAGGGAACGGUGCGACGUUCCACGGAUGGAGAUUUCAUUCAUGCUAACGUUGACAUUGAUCUCAUAAUAUCCGAGGAGCCUGAUUAUGGUUCUAUCGAGAAACCUGUAGAGAUUUUUCACAUCAUCGAGCACUUCUGCCUCGGCCGAAGAAGGUUACAUCUUUUUGGUCGUGAUAGCACCAUCAGGCCUGGUUGGCUCACUGUCGGUCCGGAAUUAACAAAUACAAAUUUUAAUGCGGAUCUUUAUCAGAGUUACUUCACAAAUGGUCAGAUUACUACUGGUUGCACCGAAAGAAUAGAAGCGCUCAGACCAAAAUCCCCGCCGCCGAAAAGUAAGGUGUCCGGUCGAGGAAGAGGAGGUUUCAAUCGUGGCAGAGGCAGAGGAAGAUAAAUAAAUUAAAUAAAUAAAUUACGGAAUCCUAUUAUAUGUCUUUCGAAUAUUAAUAUAAUAGACAUAUAAGAUAUGAAAAUAUGGAUAAAGAAAUAAGUACGUAGGAUAUACAAGAUGUUUUUCUUCCCUUAUUUCAUAGAAUGUGUCACAAUUUUUAAUAUUUUUCGAUCAUUUUUUAAUCAUUCUGUUAUUGGCAAACUUGCUGGAAUAAUCAUUGAAUUUGUUCAUCAAUAUCAUGUCUUUCAUUAAUCUUAUACUUAAAAAACAAGAUUUUUAUAAUCUGCUUAAAAUCCUUGAAAUUUUCCAAGGAAAAAUCAAGUUCGCAUUUUAUAAAAAGUCUACAAAAUAAUUAAACAUUAAACAAUACAAAAUAUUUAAAAAAUAUAUAAUAUACCAUGCAUGAAAUAGUAAAAUCAGGAUGUUUUAUGGAUAUUAUAUAGGAUUUUUAUACCGCACAAGGAAUAGGAUAAAAAAAUAAAGAUAAAACAUAUUGUUUUAAUAUCAAACUUAUUGUUAUUGCAAGGUACAUCGUAAAAAACGCAAUUUGUCAUUUGAACGCAUUAUUACAUGUAACUUAAUUAUCUGAAUAGUAUAUAGUAUUGCCUCUAUCUUUAGAUCAUUAACGAUAAAUCGGACUGCCAGAGUCGCAGCUUAAGGAAGGAAGGGCUGUUCAAAUAAGACACUAAAAAGAUCGCGUAAGAUCCAAAUUCGACGAAUUUUCAACUAGAUCGCAUCUAAUUGCAUUAUAAAUCGCACUAGGAACAAAUGAAUAUACGUACAUAUAUAUAAAAAUAAAAUAUAUAUAUUUCGUUGUUAUGUUGCGGAAGCAAGAAAUCGUAAACUUCGUCUUACGAAUAGGAUUAUAUUAAAUAAUAGCGAAGGAUUCGUUCUCGAGAGAACAAAGAAAGGCGCACGCUCCUCGUCAGUCAUUUAGAAUUAUCUCCGAGUUACAAAAGCAGAAAAAUUCUAGACAAAAAAACAAAAAUAAAACUUCGAAACUUUAUAUUAUUAUGACUUUUAUAAUUAUUAUGGCAUGCUUUCGAAGCCUUCCGUUUUAUAUCUUUUAUUCGUACAAAAUUCUUCUGUCAUAGUUCAGGUAAAAUAAAUGCUUUCCGCAUAAAGCAACAUUUAAUGGACACGAUUUAUUUCAAAGAUAAUGAAUCACCAUGCUAAUCACAAGUGAUGAUGAACAUGUUCAGAUGUCACUGUCGCGUGCGUAUUCAAUAAGAAAAUUAACGCGAUUAAUUUAUGAGAAAUUUAGCUGCUUUAAUUUUCAUGUAAAACCUGUCCUUUGUUAACGGUUAAUGAUUUCCUUAAACAUAUACUCUCAACGACAAUCGUUAAAAAAAAAAAAAAAAAAAAUUAACGCCACGCUCGUUCAGAAAGGCAGAGAAAGGUAAUUAAUUUAAAUCUGAGAUCAAGUCACGUAUUUUGUACUCUAUAGGCUGAGUCGAGUAAUUAAUUUAUAAUAUAUACCAUAAAUAUAUAGAGUUCUUAAAAUUAAGAUCGCCGUCAGCAAAGAAGAAAGAAAUACGCAAACUUACAAAAUAGUUUUAUUGGUCCCAGUAAAGCUUCUGGUGAAUGAAAUGAAUCUAUCUGAGGCAAAAUUCCGCAAAGUCCGUUUGAAUAUAAUUUUGUAUAGAGAUGCUAGUAUAGCGACGGAUAUACAUAUAUUUCGUUUCUAAUUUAUAAAGAGCGGAUUCUAUCGAGAUGAGGUCACAAAAGAUCGUAUCUACGUGCCGGAGUCACGAUGUACUUGUAUAUAUUUGCAACAAAACUUAAGCUCCUAUUGCGGAAUAACAUGCGAGAUUUAUUCUACUACAAC